AAGAAAAAAUCAGCGAUUGAGCAGUGAUAUUUUUAUCAAUAAUCGAAAAAAAGAUUGUCAUUUUCUGUGGCGCGAUGUCUGAAGAAGGAUCAGGUUCCUAUUGCGUAUCAUCAGGAGUUGGUAGUGAUUCUGAAGUCAUGGCUGAAUUGGCGGCACUUCUGCGACAUGAAAUUCCAGAGGGAAGGAACAAUCUGGCCGAUAGUCAUACCAAUUUGGAGAGAGUGGCUGAAUAUUGCGAGGCAAACUACUUUCAAGCGGAAAACAAGAGAAUUGCACUGGAGGAAACUAAAAACUACACCACGCAAUCUUUAGCCAGUGUUGCAUAUCAAAUAAAUACUCUGGCUUACAAUUUUCUUCAACUGUUAGACUUGCAAACGUCACAACUUGCUGAAAUGGAAAGUCAGAUGAAUCACAUUGCUCAGACAGUUAUGAUACACAGAAAGGUUGCCAGAAGAGAAAUCGGCGUCUUGACAGCCAACAAAAUGACGACUCGUCAGUACAAAAUUAUCGCUCCCGCAAAUCCUGAAAACCCAAUUAAAUAUGUCAGAAAGAGCAUUGAUUAUACAAUCUUAGAUGAUAUUGGACAUGGUGUACGUAGCUGCGGUACACCACGAAGCAAGCAGAGAGGUGGUAGUCAGGGCAGUGUUCAAAGUUUAGGUGCUGCUUCUACAGGUUCAGGCUUAGGUGCUGCUAUGGUAGGACCUGCUCCUACCACUAAACCACCUACACCACCUCAGACAGUGAGAACUGGGACGUUGAGUAAAGGAUCGCGCGAGUAUAGGACUCCACCAGCAGUAGCCCCACCACAAGUUCCUAGUCAUUACGCGCCCAACUAUCCACUCGGCCAUCCUAGACGAGAUCGCGGCCCAGGAUAUAGCACUCUGCCAUUGCAUGCUCACAACUCCCACGCGAGCCACAACAAUCAUAACGCGCAUACUAAUACCAUCAAUCAGCAUACUGUACCACAAGUGGGAACGGUACAUCCUCUGCAGAGUCAUCCUCAGACGCCACCACCAGCACCGCCUAGUGUUACCGGCUAUGCGCAGGAACAGCAUAAUAAUAUGCCUCCUCCACCCUCGCCCUUGGUUGGAUUAGGUGGCGACAUGACGGAAUACACUGGACAUCACACUCUACCACACAGACUAUCGCAUCAGAUUAGUCGUAGCAGUGGCGCGAAUAGUCCGCCUUUGCCACCGCCUCCACCACCGGAACAGGAUGAACAUCCACAAUUUGGAAGACCGACGCCGUCCUCUGGUGCUAUAAUGCCGAUUGUACCGGAUGAGGAAGAUCUGCCCGGAUGGGUGCCAAAAAAUUAUAUCGAGAAAGUGGUGGCCAUUUAUGAUUAUUAUGCGGAUAAAGAGGACGAGCUAAGUUUUCAAGAGAGUUCUGUGAUUUACGUGCUCAAGAAGAAUGACGACGGAUGGUAAGGAGUGAUGGAUGGAAUAAGAUUAUUCCCGGGUAAUUAUGUCGAACAUGCGUAUAACUACCAUGCAAUAAUUGGAUAUAUCAAAAUAAUUAUCGGAAGACUGCAAUUUUUAGACAUUUAUCAUACACAUCAUGUACAUGUUAGUCUCAUCGCAUUUAUAUUAAUCAACAUCAUGAUAAACAAACAAAACUUGUUCAUCUCACUUUUCCUUUCAACAAAUCAUUCUAUCCAUUUGCAAUUAUGAAUAUGCAGGAGACAAUUUUUUGAGACUCAUUGAAAUGUUAACAAUAUGAUUUUGUUGUAUUUUUACGCGUUAUUUAAUAAUUUUUAUUGACAAGUGUACAAAAAGAAUUCAAAUUAUAUAAAUAUCAGUGCUAUGUAAGUGAUAUUGCUUUGAACUUGCAUCAAUCAUAAUUAACUGCAUGCAGUGAAGUUAAUUAUUGAUUGAUGCAAGUUAUUGGUGCCAAAGAGAGAGAGAGAGAGAGAGAGAGAGA